CGCAAAAAUCCACUCGUUUAUUUGUUGUUUUAAUUUAUAGUUCGUAACGAAAAUCAGUAAACCACUCUCGUAAGUUUGCAAGUAAAAAUAUCUUAUUCAGUCGGUUGUUUUUUGAAAGCUACUUCUAGAACGUUGUAGUAACUAAAGUACUCAUGGCUUCUGAAAAGGAUCCACUCGCUAGCGAGAGGUCUGGAUCAGUAAGGGAAGUCGGAAACCAUGCAAUAUGGAGUUUAUCUUCCUGCAAACCCGGGUUUGGCAUUGACCAAUUAAGAGAUGACUGUAUGGACACUUACUGGCAAUCAGAUGGUCAACUACCUCACUUAGUCAACAUACAGUUUCAAAGAAAAACUAUGGUUUCUCAUAUUUAUAUUUAUACUGAUUAUAAAUUGGAUGAGAGUUAUACGCCAAGCAGAAUUUCUAUACGAGCUGGAACACAUUUUAAUGACCUACAGGAAAUAGAAGUUAUUGAAUUGAUAGAACCCAGUGGUUGGGAAAUGAUACCAAUUAAGGAUAUUCAUGACAGACCUAUCAGGACCUAUAUGAUACAAAUAGCAGUAUUAAGCAAUCAUCAAAAUGGAAGAGACACACAUAUGAGACAAAUAAAAAUACAUUCCCCAUGUGAACCAACUUCAUUUGAUAUCAAUAAAUUUAGAAACUUUUCAACUGUACAAUUCCAGCAAUAUGCUACAAUUCGAUAACUUAAAUGUAUAAAUUAUUU